CACAGAGCUCUUCCAUCCGUCCUCCAUCAAACAAUCAUGGCGGACUACCAAGAGGCGCCCUUGGCCACUCGGCCGAAAACACUGGAUCCGAACGAGUACUUCAGCGUCUCGUUGGAGCAGAGGCGCUCCGAACAGAGCCGGGCGGCGCUGCGAGCCAACCUGAAGAGGCAAUAUCAGAUGCAGCUCAACAACCCGCUCAGGAGAGAGCUUAUUGAAGACCCUGCGCUGACACGCUGGGUGUAUGCACGCACCCACACCUACCCACACUUCAACGCCACGUCCAAGACGUCUCUGUUGGGUGCGAUGUUUGGAGUUGCACCCCUCUUCAUCCUCUACUACGUCUUCAAGACAGACAGGGACAGGAAGGAGGGGCAGAUUAAGGCUGGAACCGUGGAGCGCAAGUUCUGUAUGUCAUCGUGAGCUUCGACAAAAGAUCUGCGUGUUCUAGUGAUGAUUUCAGUGCGUGUAAUUAUUAUUAACGAAAUAAAAAUAUAUUGUCAAAAACAA